CAUCCAUCAGGUGAGUCUCAAAGCUGAAACCCGCUGUGUGUGCACUGUCAGCUCUCUCCCAUCCAUCUGCAAUCAUGCCUUCAAACACCGCCGCCAGCAUGUUCGGUGGAGCCGGGGGAAGAGGCUCCAGGGCGUCCGUGGCGAGCCUGGAGGGGCUGCGUAACGUGCUGCGCAACGAGACGGAGAGAGACUCCGCUCCGGCGACACGUUCCGCCUCCCCCGCUCCCGCCGCUCCUGCAGUCCCCACAGACGACAAGCAGACACUGCGGACUCUGAACGACCGGCUGUCCGGUUACCUGGACAGGGUGAAGCAGCUGAAGGAGGAAAACGACAAUCUGGAGAAACAGAUUGAUGAGAUUUUGGCCAAGAGGAAGGAACCUGAGGGACGCGACUGGGAUGAGACUGAGAAACCCAUGGAGGCCCUCAAAGACAAGGUCAAAGACAUCACCAUGGACAAUGCUAAGCUGAUCCUCCAGAAUGACAACACCAAACUGGCCAAUGAUGACUUCAAGAACAAGUUGGACACUGAGAAAAACGCCCGGAAGGAAUUAGAAAAAGAUGUGGAGGCCCUGAAGAAGACAGCUGAGGACACCAAGCUGAACUGCGAGCAGACAAAGGCAGAGAUUGAUAUGGUGAAGGAAGAGCUUGCUCGCCUCAAGCGGGACCACAAGAAUGAGGUGGAUGUCCUGUGUGAGAAGAUCAAGGAGUCCGAAGUGAAGGUGGAGAUGGAUUCCCAGAACUCCAACCUGUCUGAGAUUCUCAACAAGAUCCGCACCCAGUACGAUAAACUGGCCGAGAAGAACCUGAAGGACGCCAACGACUGGUACCAGAAAAAGUUUGACAACAUCAAGGUGGUGGAGGCCCAAAACACCGAGGUGCUGCUGUCUGGAAAGUCAGAGCUCAAGGAUCUGGUCAAACAGAAACAGAUUCUGGACAUUAAGAUCUACAGUGUGCAGAGCACGAUCCGAAACCUGGAGGAGACCCUGAGGAACACCGAAACCGAGUACAGUCAACAACUGGCUGCUCUCAACAAGUUUAUAGUGGAUCUGGCGAAUGAGCUGGAGAAGGUGAGGUCACAGGUGGAGCACCAGGUAGAAACCAACAAGAACCUGCUGUGUGUCAAGAUGAAGCUGGAGUCGGAGAUCAAUAACUACCAGCAGCUGAUCCAAGGAAUGACCACUGAUACUGACAGCCUGGAGUUUUCUUUAGAGGAGGCAUUGCACUGCGACCAGCAAAAGCUUGACAACCAGGUGCCCGAGCAGCAGCAGGAAGUGAAAGAUGAAGCCACUCUGAAGGAAGAAAGUGCCCCCUCUAACAAAUCCUGCCCCCCUGAAGAUGCCACUGCUGAAGCAGAAAAGCCCCCUGAGGUGGUGGAGGGAGCCGAGGAGGUUGCUGCCAGUGACGCAGCAGCUCAAGUCUCAGCAGACAACACCACCACUAAAAAGAAAAAGCCCAAGACCAAAACUAAGAAGAAGUCAUCCUCCUCUUCCUCAUCCUCCUCUUCCUCCUCUUCAUCCUCCUCCUCCUCCUCUUCGUCCUCUUCUUCCUCUUCCUCCUCUGAGUCCGAGAAUGAAGAUGAAAAGCCCAAGAACGAGGGUGAAGUCGCCAAAGAUUGAUCUCUGAAAGCCUUUUCCUGCUCUGGUCUUUGCUGUCACUCAGCCAAGAAUCAUAUUUAACUGUGGUUGUUAAGGUGCGUUUUCUCAGAUGCAAGUAAAUAAAUAAAUCUGAUUU